CUAGCAGUUGGCGGGAACUCGUGUUGUGAUAAAAGGGUGAAAGCUCGUCGGAUAAAGGUAAAUUUCGAUAGGAAAAAGCCCCCGGGGGAUGAAAAACCGCCGUCGGGGCGCCCUAGCGUCGCCGUCUGACGUCACACGACGCAAUCGACCAAUCAGACAUACCAACAGCUCAGUUUGUUCCGGCAGAGCUGAACCGUUACCGCCAUAUUGCCCAGUCGCCCGCGGUCUGUUUAUAUUCGUUUUAUCGUGUGUAAUUUUCACCACUGGGCAAUACCGCGAAUUAAAUAAACACCCCAGUGCGCGUAAAUCCCUAAUAAGUAAUUAAAAACCACCCAUCAAUGUCGCCCCGAUAAAUAACAAUUACUGUCACCAAGUGUUGAAUGUCCUGAUCAAUCAGCGAAUAACAAAAUCAACGCGAAUAAAAAGUUCUAGUGCUGGCCCUGUGCCUUACUCCUCGCAUUAUUCAGUGCUCGAUUCUUUUGUGCUUUUGUGUUCUGUUAAUAGUCCUGUGAAGCCCUGUCAAGUCCUGUGACAGGAACACCCCUGACGCCAGCUGAUUACAAAAUGCCAGUUCGUAAACAAGGUGGUGAGUGCGAAGUGCUGAUCGAUGAUGGUCCGACACUGGCAAAAGUAAUGUCAUACUCAUCGCCCGUUACGCGUAGAAACUUCAACUCAGAGGCUCACAGAGCAUUGGAGCUCCUGGAGGAUUAUCGUGCUAAGCUCACAAGGCCUCAGGAUAAGCAGCUGCGACUCGCCAUCGAGCGGGUAAUUAGAAUCUUCAAGAGCAGACUCUUCCAGGCGCUGUUAGGGAAACAUCCACUCCAAGAUUAUGUCUUCUCGUCCUACAUGCGUGCAGAUACUCUAGGUUGUGGUGGAGUUUAG